GUCACUAGGAAGCAGUUUGGGGGGUACCGCUGCCAUCGGCACACACACUGUUACACAGCGCGGAGCGGUCUUUUUUCUCCAUUUCCCCAUGGGGCGUGCACUCCUAGAUCCCCUUCCUGUCGGUGAGGACAGCCCCACUGAGUCUGUGGUACCUGACCCCUCUGCCACACUAGAGCCCCUUUCGGAUGCCAUUGCCCCUGAAGGGCACCUGCAAUGGGAUGCUGCCUGCCUGCUCCUCUCUAGCCGCUGCCUAGGCAGAAGUAGAGGAAACGCUAAAGAGGAUUCAGGCACACAAAGGGGUUAUUGGAACUAUUGUUGUAAAUGCAGAAGAAUCUUUUCAGGCCAAGUCAGUCAAGGAUCUUCUAGGACAUGUGCAUUUACUUCAGAGAUGUUGCAUCCACUUAUACUGGGGACAAAUAUAAGAAACUUGCUCUUAAACCGUGGUCAUAUCCAAGAUACGAGAAAGCUAGAGUGACCACGACUUCAAGAAAGUCAGGAAUUCCAAUCAGAACAACCCUAGAUAACUCUACAACAGUACAAUAUGCAGGUCUUCUUCAUCAGCUCACAAUGAAAGCGAGGAGCACAGUGAGAGAUAUAGAUCCUCAGAACGAUCUAACUUUUCUUCGGAUCAGAUCAAAGAAACAUGAAAUCAUGGUAGCCCCAGAUAAGGAGUAUCUUCUGAUUGUUAUUCAGAAUCCAUGUGAAUAGACUUGCUGCAACAAUAUUUUAAGAGACACUGAUGCAGCUGUACUUUUUAAAGUAAUGAUCCUUUAUUGAUAUUUAAUUUCAAACAUACCACUGAGUUCUUACUUAAUGUAUGUAACUUGUCAUUGCUGAAACUUUUCCAAGCUAAUAUCUCAGUUGUAGCUGUACUUUAACUUAUGCUUGAGCAAAACAAACAUUGUAUGUGUAGAUAAAAACUCAGAAGAGCAACAAUAGAACAAAAUGUUUAAAAAACUUUUGUUAAUGGAUUUUCUGGCUAAUUCUUGUAACGAAAGAAUUCUCUUUUACAUCACAAGUUCAGAUUUUUUUUUUUUUUAAACAGGAAUCGCAUUUCAUGGAAAUUAGUAACUUGUGUAUGUACUUGUAACUGUGCCCAUGUAAACUCAAGAAUACAGGAUUAAAUAGUGUUACUCAUCUCAGUUCCAUUGGAGUAAAGAGGACUGUGUUCUGCAUCUGUAACUUCUGCAUUUUGAUCAUUCUAAGGAAUUAGACUUACUUCCACCUUAUGCUAUCUUAAGUACCCUUCAGUUUCUAAUGAACAAAUGAAUCACAACAGCUUUAGUUAAAUAUUUUAAAGCUAAUGCUGAAGAAAGGUCCAGAUGGAGAGAAGGGCCCUUCCACCUUAAAUUAAUGCAAAACUGUUGUUAAUUUGUGUUUACUGGCCAUUCUAAAUAGUGCCUCUAAGUAAAAUCAAAACUCUUGAUAAAACACUCAGAUGUGUCCACCUUCAGAUCCAGCAUGUACUGAAUACAUUGAGCCAUUUCUUCCAGUACAUUUUGCAGCACUGCCACAGAUCUUGGAGUUCUGUCCAAAAUUGGAAACCUGUUAAGAACAUUGUUUUAAAUCAGACACUUAAAGUGUAUGUAGAUUUUCACAUUACUCAUGAUUCUUUAAUUUUAAAGUUGAAACUUUUCCAGCAUCACUAGGUCAAGAACAGUUUUAUGCUGAUAUUUCAUCAUAGGGCAGUACAAUCUGGAAAUUGGGGGAAGAAAAAAUAAGUGGUAGGAAGCCUGGCUAAAGAGACCCAGGGAGAAAAUGAAUCCAGUUGCUUGGGAAUAAUAGAAGCCAAAGGAAUGGUUAUUGAUGGUACAGCCACAGUUUAAUAUCUGCUUGCUGGGUGACAGUUGAUAAUAUGAAUGGCUGUCAUAAAAAGGACCAUUACAUGGAAAUAAAUAUAGCAAAUCAAUAUCUUUACAUACUGAAGUAAAAUAAAGCAGAGCAUAUGUUUGAACAUUAAUGUACUCUGUGCUGUACAAGAAAACACUACCUACAACUUAUGGUCUUUCAUCUAAAUUAUUAGUUCUGUUAUUUAAAAUGACAACCGUUCAUUUGUGAAUGGUGACAAAUAUGGCCAUACUGUAUCAAAACAAAGUUUUUCAUUUAUCAGCUUCACCAGUUCUGGGGUACUAAUGCUUUUUAACAGCAAACCAGUCAUUGUCAAAUGUCUAACUUUUAUUCAUAAAAAAUACUUUGGUAUUUUGGGGGAUAUCCCGUGUACAAGUCAAAGUCAGUGUGUCUGGCUUUCCUUUCACUUAUUCUAGUUAGCAUCUGGACUAAUUCUACUGAAAUCGACAGUCACAGCAGUGUUGAAGGGAGGAGAUUUAGCCCCAUUCUUACUAUUUAAUGUCUAUUUUAGAUUAAUUUUCUCUUUUGUUAACAAAUUACUAAAUUAAUAUCCAAUAUAUUGGUUUUGCAUUAUAUUACUC